AUGUUAAGCACAUUAAUGAGAAGAAGUAUUAAGAAGAAUUUUCCUAUCCCAUCGCUGAUGGUUAUGAAGAGGUAUCACCAACAAUCAAUGUUUAGAUUACAACAACAAGAGAGUUUUGUUGAACAAGAAGUAUCUGUAACUGCUGAUCUUGAAAAUACAACAUGUGAUACAAGGGAUUCCAAAGCUAAUAGUUUAUUUGCCAGAUUGAUCAAACUCUCUGAUUUGGAUCCACAAUUAAAGAGUAUCAUUGGUCAAUACAGAAACGAUUUAGAAAGCUAUUCCAUUCAAAUGGAAAAGGAAACAGCUCACAGAAUAUUUGAAUGUAAUCUUAGAGUUCAACAGUAUUUGAGAAAUGCUGGUGAUCGCAAACAAGAAUAUGAUAAUAGAUUUUUAAGAGUCCUUGACUGUGAAUUGGCUGAUGAAUGUGCUAGUAUGAAUAAGCAACUCGAGAAGCAAAUCUUUACCUUGUAA